CUCCGUUUUUUUGUCUUCAUCAAAAUUUGGCUAGUCGGCAAAAAGAAUAAAAAUUCUUAAAACAAAAUGGUGGUCUUUGAUGUGGUGCGUACAUUAUUUGUCUUGAGUGAUGAGUAGAAAAAUUGCAAAAACGCUGUUAAUAAGAAAAAUAAUGUCUCAUUACUAGAAAAAAAAACUUACAGUAAUUACCAAACAACAUGUCGUCGAACCCCAUUUGUUAAUUUAAAACAAUAUAACUAAAAGUAAAAUUGUUUAAAUUAACCUAAAAAUAAUAAUAAUAAAAAUACACACAAUAAAAUAUAUAAAUAUAUUACAAAGACGUUAGAAAACCUAUAAAAACAAAACUUAAAUUAAAACUAAGUAGUAAUACAUUUAAAAGCAAAACUGGCAAAUCUUGAUAUUAAACAAAAACAAAAUAAAUAAAAUAUUUGCAUGAGAAAACAACAUCAACAACAAAAAAAAAGUGUGAAAAUACAAGUUUUUCAAAUUCUUUUUUUUUCAUAAUUUGGACGUAGAAAGUUGCAAAAAAUCAUACAAUUUCAACUUCUAAACUAAAAACAAUAGCAAGCAGCCUACAUAAAAAUCUAUAAUUAUUUUAUAUAUCUUAAAAUAUAUAUAUAUUAUCUACAACAAUAACCAUAAAAAAAAGAAAAAUCAUCUCUAAAUUAUAAAUUCUAUUAUUUAUUUUAACGUGUCGUCGUGGUGUAUUUGUUUAAAUUUUAAUUUAAUAAUAAAAUAUAAAACUAAAACUUUGUAAUUUUCCUUUUACAAAAUGGACUCAAUUGAAGAGUUUUUGCAAAAGCAUUAAAGGAUUUUAAAAAUCCUUAAAAACAUCAUUGCCCCAAUUUAGUUUUUUUUUCCAAAAAAAUUAAAACAAUUUAAGAAAACAAUAAACAACAACUUGUUUUGAAUACCAUCAUCAUUUUGAAAAAUUCUAUAAAUAGAGGAAAUUUUCAAAAAGGAUUAAUUUAAACGUGAGCGAAAAAGAGAGACAUUUCAUCAACGAGUUUAACAACUGAUGGAUGGAAAUGCCCAAAAUAUGUUUCACGGAAAUCACCAAGGAGACCCCUACUAUCGCUAUGAUCCUGCCGCAGCUGCUGCCGCGGCUGCAGCAUCCCCUAGGGCCAUGGGUCCUCCCGGUGGCUAUCCCCGCCAUCGAGCCCCACAUCCGUUGCAACAGCAACCACAGUAUCCCACUUAUCAACCAGCAGCAGAUAAUAUUUAUGGUUUAAGUGCGGCCGAUCAACAUGCCGGCAUGGGUAUGGGUGAUUUAAGCGGUUGGGGUGCCGCUCCUACUGUGCCCGGUCAGGCUGGAGCCUAUCCAGGCACAGGUCUAGGAGCUUACGGUCAUCCCCAGGCUGGUCCGCCUACGCAGCAAAGGCAGUCAUCAUCACAGCCAAGUUACCGCCAACAUAUGCCCGCCUAUGGUCAACAAGAUCCCCAAAAAUUACCCUAUGCCACACAGCAGAGCAUGAUGAGUGGUUUAUUGCAACAGCCAGGCGCUAAUGUUGGCCCUGCCGGUUACGGUGCCCUAACACAACAACAACCACAGCAGCAGCAACAGACACCGACACCGCAACAACAACAACAGCAGCAGAGCCAACAAUCACGUCUGCCACAGCAUUAUCCACAGGCGCCCACACAACAUCCCCUCUAUCCGGGCGCACCGACACAAGGUCAAUCGGGUGGCUCAAGUGGAGCUGGGGUGCCUAGUGGCACACAGGGCUAUGCCCAUAGUCCCUAUGGGGCGCCAAUGCAACACCAACCCGGCCGAUCAUCACAGCAUGUUAGUUAUGGUCAUGCUGGUCUGGAGCAACCAAGUCCGUAUGGGCAACUAGUACCGGGAGGAGCAGCAACCCCCGGUGGAGUGCCCGCACAUCAUUUGGCUGCCCAACAGCAGGCUGGGCAAUUGAGUUCGCAUCCCUCGCCACACAUGGUGAGUGCGGCAGCCCAACAACAACAGCAGCAGCAAACCCCAGCUGGUAUGCAACAUGGUGUACCACCCGGUCUGGGUACACCACAGCAACAGCAGCAACAAAGUUCUGCACAUUUGCUGCAGAGUCAACAGCAACAACAACAACAGCAGCAGCAGCAACAACAGCAACAAUCCCAAAAUCAUGUUGGUCUUAUGCAGGGAUCAACACAACAUCAACAAUUGCCGCCACCGCAUGCAAUGGGAGUACCACCCACUUAUGGCGGCCAUCAUCAACAGCAGCAACCCCAACCGCAACCUCCACCAACACAGCAGCCGGUCAGCGGUGCACCUCCUUACAUGACGGCUUCGGCUAAACAUCAGGCAACAGCAUCGCCACAAUACAGGGCCCCGUUUCCUCAACUGUCUCCACAAAUGUCACCCCGUCAGCCGACCAUGUCUCCCCACCCACAAAUGUCGCCCAGACCUGGCAUGAGUCCCGCAAAACCACCUCCAUCAACACAGCAGCAACAACAGGGACCAUCGCCUCAGGCUCAACAACAGCCUCCCGUCAAUUCACCCAGUCAACAACAGCAACAACCCACACAUCACAGUAUUUCCGGUAUGGUGGGUUUAACUUCGCCCAGACAACCAACUGGCAGCAGAGGACCCGAACCGCCUAGUUCGAAGGCCAGUUCAGUUGGUGGUCCACCGGUGAACACGCUACAAGCUUUGGAGCAAAUGGUAAUGCCUGGUCAAGGCAUGUCAUCGGGACCCAUGGAUUAUCCGUCGGCCUACCGUCAAGCAGCGGCUCAGCACGGACCCAUGGGACCUCGGAUGCCGGUAUCGCCGCAACAUCAUCAGCAGUGGUCUGCACAUUUGAGCAUGCAACAGAGUCAACAGCAGGCUCCACCCAAUCCCAUGAGUGUGGGUCAAAUGACGGCGCCACCACAAAUGCCACAUCCUCAGCAGCAACAGCAGCAGCAUCAACAGCAGAUGGGCAUGUAUGGUCAACCAACGCCGCCGCAAACGCAUCAUCAGCAGCAGCAACCAACAUCACAACAGCAGCCACAACCACCAACGCAACAACAACAGACUGUAACACAACCACCAACUUCACAUGCUGGUCAUUUAGCUACACCUGCCUCUCAGACAACGCAACAGCAGCAACAGCAGCAAGUAACACCACCCCAUGUACAGCAGCAACAACAGCAGCAACAACACCAACAACAACAGCAGCAACAACAACAGCAGCAACAAUUGAGUGAGCAAUUGCAGCAUUCCAUUAACGAUAUAGUGGGUAAUACAUCAAAUGCUCAACAACAACAACAGCAGCAACAGUCCUCUCACACCUCCUCAAUGUCGCCCAUGCAUCAUCAGCCAGCAAUGUCUACGAUGCAUUUGAUGACGGCGGCCUCUGCUGCUCAUCAUCAAAUGACCCCAGAAGCUCAUCAUACACCCAGCACCCUGAUGCAGGCAAGAACAACGCCUCAAGAAACACAAGUUGCUCCAACAACACCCACAAGUCAACAUCAGCAGCAAAUUCAACAGCAUCAUGUGCAGCAGCAAUCACCUUUGCAACCUCCCUCUCACAUUCAACAACAACAGCAGCAGCAAAAACAACAAAGUCCUCAUCCCCAUCAACAGCAGCAUAGUCCUCAUCCCCAUCAACAACAGAGUCCACAUCCCCACCAACAGCAGCAGAGCCCUCAUACCCACCCACAGCAACAAUCUCCUCUUCACCCUACUCAACAACAACAGCAGCAAAGCUAUCAACAGCAGCAACAUCAACCACAAUUCAAUCCACAAGAUCCCUUCUCAACAAUGAUGCAACAACAGCAGCAACAACCCACACCAACACCACAACAACAGCAAGCUUCAUCCAUUCAACAAACUGCAGAAGCUGCAACAUCUAAUGCGGCUGCUCCAGCCACUGCCCCAUCAUCGACGAUUCCCCAACAACAUACAACACCAACUUCCGCUACCAUGUCGCCAGCUCAUGUUUCUUCUCCGCUGACAACAAUGUCUACUACACUAACAAGCUCCCAGCAACAAAACCCACUGCAGGCAACACAACAGCCACAACAACCUACAACACCCUCCACACCCACACAACAUCAUCUGAUCAGUGGAAUCCUUAAUGAAACUGCCAAUUCAAAUGAUUCUUCAACGCUCGCCGUUGCUGCCAAUGACAGCAACAACAGCAGCAGCAAUUCAUCGACCAACAGCACGGUCAACAAUCAUCCCACGUCAAUACAUGACAGCAACUCACAGAGUUCCAUUAAUAGCAACCACAAUACCCCGGCGGCUCUAAAUGCCAUGGAGUCAAGUUUAGGUGCCACCAGUGCAGCUCUGUUAAAUUCCAACUCAAAUUCUGCCACAAAUGCGGGAGUGAUUGGUGGUGGCGGCGGUAGCAAUAGUGUAGGCGGAGGUAUUUUGGAUAGCGCUGGCGCUAGUCUAUUCGAUAAUAAUUCCAUGUCUUCAAACAGUGGAGCUGUCAAUACUCAAGUAUCCGCUUCAUCUACUGCAGCGGCGGCCAUAAUGGACAGCAAUUCGCAAAGUUCGUUUAUGGGAGCUAUGGCUGGACAAGAUUUUAGAGAUGAAAAAUCAAUGGGUAAGUCCACAGAAUCUGAGGAAACACCCAUGGACAUAGCGGAGGCAGCCAUGCCACCAAACCCACAGUCUGAAACGACAAUAAACGAAGAAACUAGUGGGACAACUGAAGUGGCCACUAAAGUGACCGAAGAAGAAAAUCUAACUUUGGCCACUACACAACCACAAGCAGUUGAACAAGAAUCAUUGGAUAACACAAUAACACCAAAAGAAGUAACAACUGAUGUGACAACGCCAGAAAUAGUCACCGCAACUGAGGCCACAAAAGAGGAAAAGUUGGUCGAAACUAAAUCAGAGGAAAAAUUAGAUGCUUUAACACCAUUAAAUACUCCGCUAACGCGAACACAGACACCUACACCAACUUCAAUGCCUUUGACCACAAUAAUACCCAGUCAAACGCCAACUCCUCCAAUUGUUAGCGAUGCUCCUAUGUUGUUGGGACAAAAACCCAAUCAACCAGUUUUACAAACUUUACCUCCACGUCCCCCUCACCCAGCGAUGGGACAAACUACAACACAACUUCCCAACGCAUUGACGGGAAUGAUGCCUCCUCAUCCACCACCACCUCCUCCUCCGCAUGUUAUGCCUCCAGGACCGGGAAUGACUGCUAUGGGUUAUGAUGGCACGCCUGUUGUUCCUACAACUCCCCAGCCGACAAUAACACCCCUUGGUAUGCCACCUCAUGCCAUGAUGCCACCAUAUCCUCCACCGCCACCACCAUCACAAGGAGGUCCACAAGGUCCGCAUUUGGGUUAUCCCCCUUAUCCGAUGCUACAUCAACAGGAGAUAGCAGCUUUGCAACAGCAACUCCAGGAACUGUACUGUAUGCCACCGCAACAUGAUCAUCAAGAGAAAAUAAUGCGUUUACAAGAACGUCUUAAUAUAGUGCAACAACAUGAGAUCACCGAUCAGUGCGCGGGAGGACCUCAAUGUCUAUUGUAUCAAUCGAUGCCACCGCAAAUGUAUGGACCCCCAACCUUGCAUCAGGCUCAAAUGAUAGAAACACCACAGGUGUCGAGCACUACAGGUCGUGGAAGGGGAAAGGGCACCAACAAACCGCGCAAACCUAGAGUCAAAAAAGGAGAGAAGGGUCUUUUGGCCCCCACCAGUGAAUUGAUGGAUAUUAGUGGUAAUGUUGUUGUUCAGCAAACAUCCAUACCGCCAAAUCAACUGCCAGUAUCAGAAGACUGUGUUACACAAGGAGCCGGCGAUACUUCAGUAGUUGGUAUGUUGGAGUAUCAUGAAGGCAGUGGUGGAGAUCAUUCCCAGGAUGUACAUUCGGCUAAUGAAUUAGACACUUCAACUGAUGGAACGGGAAAGAAAAAGAAACCAAGAAAGCCUCGCACUCCCAAAGAUCCAAAUAAACCACCCAAGGAAAAGACACCAAAAGUGAGGAAGAUUAAAGGUGUACCUGUAGAAGGUCAAGAGGGUGUUGAAACAACUCCUGCCAGUGUGGGUCGUAAACGUCAGACCGGCGGAGCUCGCAAAAAGAAACUAGCUGAAGAAGCAGACAUUGAAAAACCUGCCGUUUUGGCAGAAGGCAGUGAGAAUGAAGACAACAAACCAUUGUUGGCGAAAACUCAAACAGGUGAAGGUGCCGAACCAGACACUGAAGGUGAUAAUAAACCCGAAACAACCACUAUGGAUGUGGAUGUGAAAUGUUCCACUGUGGAUGGAGAAUCCCCCGAUUACGAUGACAUACCAGUAUCGAAAAUUCCAAAAGGUGAUGAUAGUGCUGGACACCACGAGGUUGGAGAUGAAACCAUAGACUCAAUACCUGAUUCGGCUGGAGAUUCUGCUGCCACUCCCACAAGACGUACCAAGAAGCGACGAGGACGAGGAGCCAGCACCAGCAAUCAUGGUGAUGAUGGUGAGAGCAGAUCCGGACGUAGAAGAUCUCAACUUUCGGCUAAAGCCUUGAAAAAGAGACGCAAUAGAGGUCGCAUCGUCCCCGAAUCAGACGGUGAAGACGAUAAUCUACAAGCGACACCGCCACCAUCUCCACCACCCGAUAAUGAGUUGGACACCAGCAAACGUAGAUCAUCGCGUAAUACACAACGUAAAAAAUACAUUGACGAUGUCAUGCUUCGAUUCUCAGACGAUGAAACCGAAUCAUUGUUGGGCUCUUCGCCAAUGAAAAAAGAAAAGAAAUCUUCAUCUGCAGCCUCAACUUCAGCUUCGGCUGCUUUGGCCGCCUCAACCGUUAGUGGUAACUCCAGUGAUAACGAGAAAGGUGAUCAAUUAAUCUCCUCGCAACAAACGGAGGGUGGUCAGGAAUUACCAUCUACUAGCGAUGAUAAAUCGAACAAUGCUGAGGAUUUACCCGGAGGAGAAGCCACUUCUAGCACGACCUCAUCAGCCACCUUCAUUAAUGAGAAAACGGAAAAAUCUCAAGAGGCUCCACCGCCAGCUUCGGCCAAACCUAAUUAUGUGUACAUAAAUACCGGAGAUGAAGAUAGUAUGGUGGUGCAAAUUGUAUUGGCAGUGAGAAUGGGAAAACGAGAGUUGUUGCCUGAACCGCCACCAAAGCCACCAACACCUAAACCUAAAGUGGAGGAAGAAACUACCAAAUCCGAGGAAGAAAUUAAAGAAACGAAGGAAGAAAAGGAUGAUAAAGAAAUCAAAUCCGAAGAGGAUAUAGAAAAGAAGAUUGAUACAGAUGAAAAAGAGGAAACUGACACAACAAUGGGUGAAAAGAAAGAAGAAGUAAUAAGUACGGAUAAAGAUGCUACAGAACAAGAAAGUAAGGAAGAAGUGAAGAAAUCUAGCGAAGAAAUCGAAAGUUCUGAAACCAAGACUGAAGAUAAAUCAGAGACAGAAGAGAAAAUGGAAGUAGAUGAGAAACCAAGCGAAAUUAAAAUAAUUGAAGAUAAAGAUGCUUCAGAUGAAAAAGAAGAAACUAAAGAUGAAAAGGUAUCAGAGGAGAAGGAAGACGAUACAGAUGAAAAAGCAAACUCUAGUUUGGAAGUGGAAUCAGAAGAGAAGAAAACUGAAACAGAUAAAAUAACAGAAAAAGUUGCCGAAGAAAAAAUGGAAGUAGAUGAGGAAGUAGCUAAAGACAACGAGAGCGAGAAAGAAAAGAAGGAACUUGAAACUUCUGAAACAAGUGAAGACAAAGUUGAAAACAAGGAGAAAAAGGAUGAAGAAGAAAACAAAGAAAAACCAGAAACUAAGGAAGAGUCCAUGGAAAUUGACACCACGGAAGUUGAGAAAAAAUCAAGCGAUGAUAAGCCAGAUAAAGAAGAAAUUAAAGAGACAAGCUCUGAUGAAGCUAAAGAUGAGAACAAGGAUUCUAAAACCGAAGAUGAAAAGAAAACCGAAGAUAAUGGUGAUAAAACUAAACCGGAACCUGUAUAUAUAGAAGUAGAAGAAUUCUUAGUUAAAUAUCGUAAUUUCUCUUAUCUCCACUGCGAAUGGCGUACCGAGGAAGAACUUUUCAAAGGUGAUCGCCGUGUAGGAGCCAAAAUCCGUCGCUUCCAACAGAAACAAGCUCAACAAAUGAAUGUUUUCGAGAAUCUCGAAGAAGAAUAUUUCAAUCCUGACUUUGUUGAGGUAGAUCGUGUCUUAGACAUGUCCGUGCACACCGAUGAACAGACGGGCGAAACAACCAAACAUUAUUUGGUUAAAUGGAAGUCAUUGGCCUACGAAGACUGCACCUGGGAGUUGGAAGAAGAUGUCGAUAACGAUAAAAUCGACCAAUAUUCCCGUUUCAAUAAAAUACCACCCAGAAAUGAGUGGAAGGCGAAAAAGAGGCCUACGCCCGAACUAUGGAAGAAAUUAGAUAAGACCCCCGUUUACAAGGGCGGCAAUACAUUGAGACCCUACCAAUUGGAGGGCUUGAAUUGGUUGAAAUUCUCCUGGUACAAUACCCACAAUUGUAUAUUGGCUGAUGAAAUGGGUUUGGGUAAAACCAUACAAAGUUUAACAUUUGUCCACUCGGUCUAUGAGUAUGGCAUCAAGGGACCAUUCUUGGUUAUAGCACCCCUCUCCACUAUACCCAAUUGGCAGAGAGAAUUCGAAAGUUGGACAGAUAUGAAUAUUGUAGUCUAUCAUGGCUCAGUGACCAGCAAACAAAUGAUCCAGGACUAUGAAUUCUUUUACAAAACCGAAAGUGGCAAAGUUCUUAAAGAACCUAUCAAGUUUAAUGUGCUCAUUACAACCUUUGAAAUGAUUGUCACCGAUCAUAUGGAUUUGAAAAAUUUCAAUUGGCGUCUUUGUGUCAUUGAUGAGGCUCACAGAUUGAAAAAUCGUAAUUGCAAACUGUUGGACGGUUUGAGACAGCUAAAUUUGGAACACAGAGUUUUACUCUCCGGUACUCCAUUGCAAAACAAUAUGAGUGAAUUGUUCUCCCUGCUCAAUUUCCUUGAGCCGAGCCAAUUCUCUUCGGCCGAAGAAUUUAUGGCCGAAUUUGGCAGUUUGAGAACCGAAGAGGAAGUCAACAAACUACAGGCACUUUUGAAACCCAUGAUGUUGAGAAGAUUAAAGGACGAUGUCGAAAAGUCCUUGGCUCCCAAAGAAGAGACUAUUAUAGAGGUAGAGCUGACCAACAUACAAAAGAAAUACUACCGUGGUAUUUUGGAACAAAAUUUUGCCUUCUUGAAAAAGGGCACCACUUCCGCCAAUAUACCAAAUCUCAUGAACACCAUGAUGGAAUUAAGAAAAUGUUGUAUACAUCCUUAUCUGCUCAAUGGUGCUGAGGAACAAAUUCAAUACGAUUACCGCCAUCAACAUGGUGAAGAUCCAGAGUCAUACUACAAAAACAUUAUACACUCCUCGGGUAAAAUGGUAUUGAUAGACAAACUCUUGCCCAAAUUAAAGGCAAAUGGCCACAGGGUAUUGAUAUUCUCCCAGAUGGUUAAAUGUCUUGAUAUCUUGGAAGAUUAUCUGAUAUAUCGUAAAUAUCCCUUUGAACGUAUAGAUGGUCGUAUACGCGGAAAUUUGAGACAAGAAGCCAUCGAUCGUUACUCCAAGCCAGGCUCAGAUAGAUUCGUUUUCUUGCUGUGUACCAAGGCUGGUGGUCUGGGUAUUAAUCUAACUGCUGCUGACACCGUCAUCAUUUAUGAUUCCGAUUGGAAUCCGCAAAAUGAUUUACAGGCUCAGGCCCGUUGCCAUCGUAUUGGUCAACGCAAAAUGGUUAAAAUCUAUCGCUUGUUAUGUCGCAACACCUACGAACGUGAGAUGUUCGAUAAGGCCUCUUUGAAAUUGGGUCUCGAUAAGGCUGUUUUACAGUCCAUGAACACACAUGCGUCCAAGGAAGGUGGCAACAAGCAGAUGUCGAAAAAAGAAAUUGAAGAUCUGCUGAAAAAGGGUGCCUAUGGUGCUGUUAUGGAUGACGACAAUGCCGGCGACAAGUUUUGUGAAGAAGAUAUUGAUUCUAUAUUAAAACGUCGUACUCAAGUUAUAACCAUGGAACAGGAGAAGGGAUCAACCUUUUCCAAGGCUUCCUUUGCUGCUUCUGGCAAUCGUUCCGAUAUUACCAUCGAUGAUCCGGACUUUUGGACUAAAUGGGCCAAGAAAGCCGACAUCGAUCCAGAUGCCUGUGAAAAGGAUGAAACUGAAGAUUUGGUUUUGUCUGAACCGCGUCGAAGAACACAAAUUAAACGUUAUGGACAUGAAGAUGUUAUGGAACUCAAUUCGGAAGAGUCUUCAAAUGAGAAUAGUGAUGAAGAAGGCGGUAUUGGUUUGCGUUCAACACGUAGAUCACGCAAGGAGAAACGUGAAAGAUGUCGCGAAAAGAAAGCCAAUGAUGAGUAUAUACCCCGGGAAAGAGAUGCUUUGGCCGCUCUGGGACUAGAGGAGAUACACUAUGGUAACUGGGCGAAAUCUGAGUGUUUCAAAGUGGAAAAGGGUUUAUUAUCAUUUGGCUGGGGACGUUGGCCUGAAAUCUUAGACUUGGGUCAAUUUAAACGCGGUUGGCGUGAAAUUGAUGUUGAAGAUUGUGCCCGAAUAAUUCUGCUCUAUUGCUUGCAAGUGUACAAGGGUGAUGAGAAGAUAAAAACCUUUAUUUGGGAUCUAAUAACGCCCACCGAAGAUGGUGAAAUACAAAAAAUUAGCCGGGAUCAUAGUGGUCUCCAUAAUUUGGUGCCACGAGGUAGGAAUGCAAAAGGACGUAAUGGUGGUAAAACACAAAAAGAAUUAGCCGCCCAAGCUGCUGCCGAAGCAGCCGAGGCAGCUGCAGCUGCUGCGGCCGCCGCUGCUGCUGCUGCAGCCGGUCUAAAGCCAGCUAAAAAGGAAAUUGGCACCCAGGGAUUACAGAAUAUACAGGAUCCAAAUCACUGGAGUAAACAUGAAAAAUAUGAUUCUGAUUCGUAUUUGGAAGGAGCCUAUAAAAAACAUUUAAGCAGACACGCGAAUAAAGUUUUAUUGCGCGUCCGUAUGCUUUAUUAUAUACAACAUGAGGUGAUUGGAGAUCUGGUACAACAGAUUAAAGAAAAUACACCUGUCAGCGAGCUUCCUAUACGCCCUCCUACAAUGGCCGAGACAGUGCCUGCUUCUUGGUGGAAUCCUCCCUGUUGCGAUAAGAGUCUUUUGGUGGGCACUUUUAAACAUGGCUGUGAAAUGUAUCGUGUUAUGCGUUCAGAUCCUGCAUUAUGUUUUGCUGGACACGUUGGUUCGACGAACGAUGAUGUAACUGUAACCAAUUUGCCGAUAAACGAAGAAGAUGCAAAUUCGAAACAAGAUGCUGAUGUCGAAGAAAUCGAUGAUGAUGGCACCGCCACCAAAGACUCUGAUUCCACCAAAUUGACGGCGGGCGACAAAGAUAAAGACUCUUUAGAUCCUCCCGAACGUCCCAGUUCUUCGGGUAAGAAUAAAAAAUUGGCGAAAAAGGCAACCGCUGACGAUACAGUUGCAGUCAAUGAUAACGACAAGGCUGAGGAGAAUAAGAAGGCUGUAGAUGAAGAUGCCAAGGGAAAGGAAAAAUCAGAAGCUAGCGAAGACAUUGCAGAAGAGGAUUGCAAAGAAAAGAAGAAUAUCACUGAUAAUAAGGGAAAUGAUGAUGUCAGUGAAAAAGAAAAAGAUAAAUCUUCUGCUGUAUCAACUUCUGAUGUUUCCGAAAGCAAACUGGAGAAAAUGGAUGAGGAUAGCGAAACGGCGUCUGCUGUCGUUGUGGAUAAAUCUGAGGCAGAUGCCACCACAACCGACAAUAGUAAUGACACAACAGCAGCCGCUGUAACCGAUUCCAAUUCGAUGGAUGCUACAGUUUCCGAAUCUGGUGCUACAACUACAGCUGGUGCGGAUUCUCCUACAGCCAGCACAUCGACUGAAACUGUUAACGUUGAGGAAGCUUCUUCAAAUUCGGCCUCUAAUACGGCCACAAAUACAUGUACUACCACCACCAUCACCUCAACUACCACUACUACCAAUUUAACAACUACCACUACAUCCACCACCACAUCUUCUACUACCACCACCUCAGCUACCACCAAUUCAUCUUCAAACGAACAAACGCAAAAUGAUACUGUUAAUACCACAACCUCAUGUUUAGGCCUGGACGAAGAAGAAAGUGGUGCUGGCUCAUAUCCACCCACACAAGCGCCCAUUGAUGAUAAUUCCGCCACACUGUGGCCCUCCAUGCAAGAUUUAAAUACACGUCUACGACGUGUCAUCACAGCCUAUCAAAGAAACUACAAAAAAGAAGAAUUGAAACAACAACAAAAGGCCAAGCUACAAGCUUUGGUCUCGUCAACGCCGCCACUGUCGGUGCCAACUACGCCCACAUUGCAAUCUAUGCAAAUGCAGAUGCAAAAUACUGCUGGCGGUUCUACAGCUACCAUAUCUAAUCAAGAUCCUGGUAGUCGUAGUUUACAAUCGCUGAUACAAAAUAAUAAUAGUACAUUAGCGACGGGACCAAGUACUUCGGCUGCUGCUGCCGCCCAAAAUGCCGCUCAAAAUGCUUCAAUACAACAUCAAUUGCAGCAACAGCAUCAGCAACAACAGCAGCAACAACAACAGCAGCAGCAACAAUUGCAGCAGCAGCAACAACAGCAGCAGCAGCAACAACAGCAGCAACAGCAACAACAGGCUAGUGCUGCAGUUGCUGCUCUUACGUCCACACCCAUGCCAACAGCGGCCGACAUUAGUUUAAUGCUGAACAUUUUGAAUACGACCGACGUUAGUCAAUUGGCUAAUUUGGAUAUCAAUAAACUGGCCAUGUACUUGGUUAGUAUGAAUAAUAAAAUGGAACGUCAGGGUAAAAUGGAAAUAGCUGCCCGUGAACGUGAAAUGCAACGUUUGCAGUGUAUACCCAAAAAAUGGAAUCGUCGUGAGGAAUAUGAAUUUUUGCGUGUCCUUACCGGUUACGGUAUAGAUCUUUUGCCACCCUCUGCCUUAACGCCGGGCCUCACUACGCUCUCGCCCGAUUGGACUAAAUUCAAACAAAUGGCCCAUUUGGAAAGAAAAAGUGAUGAGACUUUAAGUGAUUACUAUAAAGUAUUUAUAGCCAUGUGCAAGAGACAGGCAAACGUUAAGUUGUCCGAAAAUGAAAAGGGCUUAGAAGGCAUAAUUGAAGAUAUUAGUGAAGAUCAUGCUAAAUUAAUAUUAGAUCGUUUGGAAUUGUUGUCCAAACUGAGAGAAAUUUCCAAACAUCCUCAAAUGGAAGAACGUUUGAAAUUGUGUAUGGUGAAUGCUGAUACCCCCGAUUGGUGGGAGCCUGGCAAACAUGAUAAAGAACUCAUAGCGGCCGUACUAAAACAUGGUCUAUACCGAUCGAAAACAUUCAUAUUCAAUGAUCAUACAUUUUCUUUUGCCGAUUCUGAGAACAGAUUCUUGCGUGAAUUGGAGGCUCAAAUGCAACGCUCUAUAAAAUUGGAGGCCUUAAAUGCUGAGAAAUUAGCAGCAGCUGCCGCAAAACAAUCAUCGGUUAAAGAUGAGAUAAUCGACUUGGAUGAAGAACUCCUAACGAAGGAUAGUUUAAUUAAAAAGGAAAAUUUCUCGCCUGUUAAAACAGAAGUCAAAACCGAAUCACUAUCAGGCGAUAUAAAAUCGGAAUUAGCUAAAAAGGAGCCUGGUGAAGAGGACGAGGAAUUGAAGCCAGAAGAUUUAAAAACUAUCAAGGAGGAUAUUGAAACCCAGGAUUUAACAAAGGAUGAAGAUGAUGAAGUAUUGGUUAAGGAAAAGGUAAAGGAAUUAGAAUCUGAAAAAGAAAACACUGAAGAGGUUGAAGAAAAAGUACAAGAAAAGAAAACAGAAGAUGAAGAUGAACUUAAAAAAGAGUUAUCUAAAGAGAAACUUGAAGCCAUGGAGGUAGACAAAGAUGAUUCUACCACAGAAGAUUUAAGUAAAUCUAGAGAUGAUGAUAAAUCAUCAGAGGAUGGUAACACAACUUUAGAUCUAACAGAAACUAAAGAUGAUAAGCAAAACUUAGAAAAUGAAGCUAAAUUGGCAGACAAGAAAGCUGAAGAAGAAGAAGAGGUGGUAUGUCUGGAAAAGGAAAAAAUUAAAACCGAUGAAAAUACUACAGAACCAGACACAGAUUCGGUUAAAACUACUGAAGCCGAAUGUAAAGAAGCAAGUGAGAAGGAGGCCGAGAAAUCGGUUAAACCUAAAGAUGAUGAUGAUAUGCUUGAUCUAACAACUGCUACCACCGGAUCCAAUGAUCCCGAUGACGAAGAGGUUAUGAAGGAAAAAGAAAAGGCCGUCGAAGAAGAAUGCAAAAAACAAGCCGCCGACCUAAAAGCCAGAUUCCCCGACUUGGAAGUCAUACAGCCAGGUGCUGCCAAACAGAAACAAGAAAAACCCAAACUAGAAAUUAGCAUAAGUUGGUUUAAAGAUUUCGCCUUGGAGAGGCGUAUCUAUCACAUUGUUUCCUGCAUUGACUCGGGCAAAUGGCCAGUUGAUACCACAUACUCAGCCUUGGUGGGUUGCAAAGGCAUUGAACUGAACAUAGGCUUACACGAAGCCAUACCCCAUCUCAGUGUGGCGGUAGAAAAACGUUCUACCACCCCCGAUGUCAUCACCAUUACAACAGAUCAUGGUGUUACCAAACAUUUGUCCACAUCUCAAAUGCAACAAGUUGUUGCUCCAGCUAUUUCCAAUGUGACUACUGCGACAAUAGUCUCGACAAAUGUGCCAGUGGCCACAAUCAAUACAACAAGUACCUCUGCCAAGUCCUCGUUGUCUUUGUCAACGUCAACGAUGGCGCCCAUAACUACAUCCUCCACCCCCUCAUCUCUGCCAGCCAUGUCGUCGGCUACUACAGCCUCUUCAGCAGCUGCUGCGGCCGCCGCUGCUGCUGCUGCAGCCGGUUUGGGUGGCUUAGAUGCCAACAGUUUCAAUGCGGCCAUGGCUGCUGCUGUGGCAGCAGCUGGUGGCAAUGCUAGUGCUUUGAGCGCUUUAUUGCCCGGCAUGUCUUUAACUUCUUUGCCCGGUUUGAAUAUACCCAAUUCUGGCAGUCCUGUGCCUAGCAACAGCAAUAAUACAACAACCACAAAUUCGGGUAAAAAACGCAAGCGUCAUAUUGCCAUCGAUGUGGAAACGGAACGGGCCAAACUGCAUGCUCUACUCAAUAGUGCCCAGACCUUGGCUCCUAAAGAUUGGGAAACAGAAAUUGCUAAUAUGACAGCAGCUGCCGCGGCAGCCUCAACUGGUGUUAGUACCUCUUCCAGACGUCCCUCGUCUGCGGCUUCCCCUGCAGGCAAUUCUUCUCUGAGUAGUGCAUUGCAACCACCGCCAGCUCAUCAGCACGCUCCAUUGUCACGUCAAAACUCGGGUCAGUUUAGUAAGCCCGCUGUACCACCACUUAAAACCCCACCACCCUCUUCAAUGGGAGGAGCUAUGGAUUUGUCUUCAAGCUUUUUUAACAUUUCCAGCUUACCAAAAAUGAAUAUGGCUGAUAUUAUGAAAUCGGCAUCUUCUUCGGGAGCAAUAGAUUUAAGCGAGGUACAAGAUUUCUCAAUGAGUUCGAAAAAGUUGUCUUCAGCUUCCUCUUCAUCAACAAGCUCAUCAUCGACAGCCAAUACUUCAAGCAUACAUGCAGCUUUAAGUUCCGCCUUCCCCUCAAUGGCCAGUAAAGGAGGAAAACUGGAUGAUACAUUAAAUAAACUAAUGAAGAAAAAUAAUUGCACUAUCGAAGAGCCUGUAGUUGGCAAGGAGAAGAAACGCAAGAAGUUAGAUGAAAUCGUUUUGGGAUUAUCUGCUGCCAAGGAACAGAAAACCUUCCCCGAUCCUUCGUUGCCCUCCUCUAAGAAGCCACAAAUACCACCUAGUGUUUCCGUAACACCGGCCAAUAUACCAACGUCUAUGUCUUCACAACAACAACAAAAUCAAAAACCUUUUACUAUCACUGUUACGACAGUGCCUGGAAAAGGUAAAGGUAGCUCGUCAUCAUCUUCGGCCGGACAAUCUACUUCGACUUCAUCGUCAUCAUCGGCCAACACAGGACUAUCAGCUUUACAAAGUAUGGCUGGCAUGGGUGGUCUUUCGGCCAAGGAUAGUUUGAAUGCUUUAUUAGCGCAAACAAUGGCCACAGAUCCGCAGACGUUCCUUAAGCAACAGCAAAAGAUGAUGCAAUGUUUGCCACCAGCCCAACGUAAACUUUAUGAAAGUAUGUUGGCUGACAUGGAACAGGCUAUGAAAUCCAAUAAAUAUGGUUCUCCUCACGAAGCCAAGGUAGACAAAUGGCUAACUGAUGUCAACUCUCCCUUAACCAUGGACUAUACAGGGGCAGCUUCAGCCAGUAGUGCUAGUAGUAGUAAUACGUCCAGUUCAAACAGUCGUAGAUCUAGUCGUCAACAGCCUUCGACACCCUCACAACAAUCGUUGUCAGCCUCUCAGAUGUCAUCGUCAAAAUCCUCUAACUCUUCGUCGCAUAGUCAAUCUCACCAACAUCAGCAACAGCAACAACAACAACAGCAACAACAAUCUUCCAUGUCAGGACCACCACCAGGUCUGACUGGAGACGAGCCAGUUCCGGUAAUAAAUAAACAAACUGGCAAGAGAUUGGCAGGCAAUAAGGCACCUCAACUAAAGAGAUUGAUGCAAUGGCUUACUGAAAAUCCCAAUUAUGAGGUCGAUCCCAAGUGGUUGGAACAAAUGCAAAAUCCGAUGUCUGCUCCUUCUCCCAAACCUAUGGAAACUAGUUAUUCGUCUAGCAGUAAAUCUCAUACUGGCCGACCUUCCUCCACCUCCAGCAAUGCCUCCUCCGGCAGCCACUCGAAUUCCCAGCAACAGUCUUCGUCACAAUCUUCCUCUAACUCUAGUUCCUCGAAGAAGUCCUCUAGACAGUCUGCCAUGGAUCAGGCUAAUGCUGCCAUGCAAUUUGGUUCAUUGGCUGGUAUAAAUCCCAGUCUUUUGGCCGGUUUACCCAAUUUGGGAGGUUUCGAUCCUAAGAAUCCUCUUUCGGCCUUCGAUCCCAAAAAUCCUUUAUUGUCUAUGCCGUUUGCUGGAAUGCCUGGCAUGGGUAACAUACCGGGUUUGGGUAAUCUAAACAACAUGAACUUAUUCGCCAGUUUGGCGGGUAUGGGAGGUUUAGGUAAUUUAGCUGGCAUGGAUACACAAUCUUUAGCCGCACUUAUGGCUGCAGCUGGACCUGCUUUAAGUGGUUUAGGCGGGGUGACGGGUUCCUCCUCAAACAGCGGUUCGAACAGUAAAAACUCGUCCCAAUCGAACAGUUCAUCGAGUAAAAAGAGUAAGAAUGAUCAACAGGCUCAACAAAAUGCUGCAGCCGCCGCUGCUGCCGCGGCAGCAAUGGGAGCUACAUCUUCUUCGGGCGGUAAUAACUCAUCUUCUGGAUCAAAUGCUAAGAAUUCUGCGGCUGCAGCAGCAGCUUCAGCUUCCCAAUUGGCGGCUGGUUUCCCCUUCUUAUUUGCCAAUCCUUCUCUGCUGUACCCACCCAUGGGUAUGAGUGGUUUAAAUCCCUACUCGUUGGGUUCCACCGGCUUGGGUUCGGCCUAUGAUCAAUUGGCCCAACAGUAUUUGAUGAACGGAGCCUCUUCAGCCGGUUCCACAUCCACCACACAAUCAAAGGCCCAUCAAUCACAGUCAAAAUCAUCCAACUCCCGAUCAUCAGCCUCAUCGGCGGCGGCCUCUUCGGCUGCCCAGGCAGCAAAUCUAAUGAAUGCCAUGGCUGCCAGCAUGUCUGGUUCCAGUGGUCAAGGUUCUAGCUCAACGCAAUCGUCUUCAUCUCGCGGUAGACAGUCUUCGGCCAGUAGAGCAGCUGCACAAGCCUCAGCGGAAAUGGCUCAAUUGUCCAAUCUUUUAUUGCCUCCUGGUGAUGCUCAGCUAUUGGAAUCAUUCUCCAGAAUGGCUAAUAUGGAUUUGGCUCAGGCCACUAGAUUAAUGAACUCUUUAGGCAUGCCUCCCAUAACGGGAGCUUCGACGUCCUCCUCAAAUACUGUAAGUGAGAAGAGAUCUUCGAGUUCAGCAGCCUCAAAUGCUGCAGCCGUAGCUGCUCAACAGGCUGCCAAGGAACAACAAAAACUAAUGGAACAAUUGGCUAGAGGUCAAUUGCCUACCGAUUUAGCAACACUACAAGCCUUGUCCCAGGGCAAACUGCCACCCUCUAUGACAGGCGCUUCCGGCAAUUCUUCAAGUAAUACCUCCUCUUCCAAUUCAUCCUCCAGCAAAAGUGCAAAGGCAGCGGCCGCCGCUGCUGCUGCAGCUGCUGCCGCUUUACCACAAAUACCUGGCAUGCCAGCCGAUUUCAGUCAAGCCUUUUUGGCAGAAAUGGCGGCUCAGGCUAUGGCAGCUGCUGGUAGCUCAUUGCCUCUCACCGGUCCAGGUUCCCUGGCCAGCUUAACCGGCAGUUUGGCUGGUCUUACCGGAGGCUCCUCAACUAGUACCAGCUCUUCAUCAUCCUCAGCCUCGAAGAGACAAAGAGAUCAAGAUGCUUUAGCCAAGGAUGCCUUCCAAAAACAAAUGGACUAUUAUACCAAACAAUUGGGCUUGGGAUCAGGCAUUUCCCUAAUACCCACUUCGGCAUCGGCUACUACUCCCUCCUACUCGAGCACCUCGUCUUCUCAAGAUGACCAUCACAAGUCGAAGAGACAACGUACUACUGACACGUCAUCCUCCCUAAAAGAUGACUUAAAUACCGCAGCUGCCUUGGCGGCCGCAGGAUUCCCUAUGAAUCUUGGUGGGGGCAUGACAAGUAUAGAGAAAUCCAUACGAGGCUCAUCCUCAUCAUCAUCUAACCAACAGCCCGAGGCCGAUAAGGUGACCUUAACACCUUUGAACUCGGCAGGCAUAGCGGCUAAUUUACCCUCACAAACGACCAUAACAAUUGCACCUCCAAUUAGUUCGGGUGCCAGUUCGAGCAGUGAACGUUCCGAACGUAGUGAAUCUAGAAUAUCGUUGACAAUUACAAAUGCGGCGGAGGCUGCUAAGAUGCCGCCACCCUACGAGGAAGCCGAUGAACUGAUAAUACAACCAAUACUCAAAAAACCCGCACCAGCUCAAUCGCAAUCACAACAACAACAAAAUCCAUCCACAUCCACCUCACAAAUACCCACCUCGACUGCAAAUACCAGCACAGCCAGCGCAGGUUCACACAGCGGUAGCAUAGAAGAUUUAGCAACAGAGUCCGGCAACAAUACUUCAGCUUCGUCGAACAACGAAGAGACACGCAGGUCUUCGGGUCGUCUAAAACGUCCACGUUCCGGUGCCGAUCAUUCCCUCAUCAGCGAACAGCCACCCGAGAAACGGCGAGAGUUGAGAUCCACACGUCACACACGUCAAUCGUCAUCAGGUAGUGCCGACAAUUCCCUAAAUCUGUCCACAAGUAGUGAAAACGAAGAAAAACCAGAAUGAGUUUUAAGGCGCUUAAGGCGCACAUCUCUAAAUAAAUAGUAGGAAAUUAUUGUUAAAGGAUGCCAGAGGAGAAAAUUAAAAUAAGCAAAACAAAAUAGAAAUUGCCUAUAAGCAAUUUCCUGCAAUUGGGUUGGGAGAGCGAAACAAACAAAAACAUGCUGCUUUAAAACAAAGAAAAGGGGACACACAGAACGUUAAUUAAUACACAGCUGCUUAGUAGCAUUAAAAAGAGAAAAAAGUUUCUUUUUAUUAGUUUUUAGAGAAACACAAAACAAGAAGAGUAAAAACCAUUAAUUAUAAACUAAGAGUAAAUAUCAGAGAAAGACUCUUUAUAAAAGUAUAAAUAAAUAAAAUAAACUUCGAAAGCAAGUAAAAAAUAUUAAAAAAAAAACAAAUAUUCAAAAGUGAGUUUAGUUUAGUUCUUAAAAUUAAGCUAUAAAACAAACAAACAACCAAUCCCCUCCCCCUCUAGUUAUUAAUAUACUAUACAGUUUUAAAAUUAAAACAUUUUUACGCUAAAAUAAUUAAUUAAUUAAUUCAAAAAUACAUACAAUUCAAAAAAAGAAAAAUCUACAAAAAAAUCUAUAUAUUUUUUUUUAAUUUUGUAAUAUACUAUAUAAGAUAUAAAUUCGUUUAAAUUGUUUUUUAUUUCUUAUUUUAACGUUUUAUUUUAUAUUUUUAUUUUAAAUAAUUUUACUCAUUUUAACAACACAACACACACACACUAUUUAGAAAUUAUAAUUAUACAACAAUUACAAAAACACAAUUUUAAGAGAAGUUUUAAUGUUUUAUUCUAAUAACAAACACUAUCCAAAAAGAGAUCCAAUAGCGUCCUAUUCAUUUUAAAAACUGUGAUAUUUACUUGUACUCAAAUUGCUAAAUUAUUGCUGCUUUAGUAAUACUUCCUACAAGGAAAUAACACUAGUUUUUUUCUCUUGAUAUAAGGUACGUUUUAAAAAGAAAUUAUAUAAAUAUAAAUUUAUUUUAAGUUUAACCAUGCUAAAUUUAACUUCAUUUUGAAAUUUUACAAUUUGCUGCUGUGAUUUUCAUUAACAAGUUAUUGCUAGCAUUUAAAUUUAAAUAAAUUUAUAUUUAUUGUUACUUCUUUUUUUUAUUUCUUAUUUUAAUGCAACAAUUACUUUUUUUUUGAUAUACAUAUAAAAAAAAUUAUAUUCGUAUUUAUUCGAUUAUCACUUGUAAAAUUAUUAUUAUUAUUAUAACUACUAUUAAAUCGUAAAAACAACAACAACAACAAAAUCUGUAAUAAAACACACAAAAAUAUACAAAUUAUUUUCAUAUAUAACAAAUGAAAUGAUAACAAAAAAAAAUCAUAAUAUUGGCAUUUAUUUCGUAGCAUGAGGAGAGAAAUUAUUAGGUUUGAAAUUAUGUUUGCAAUGUUGAAAUGACAGGAUUAAGUUUUAAUGUUCUGCCACUGAAGCGCACGAUUUUGAGGUUUAAAGCCAGAAAUUUAUAUGACGCCGAAAUUGAAUAGGUCCGGAACGUUUCAAGUCUGAGAUAAAAUGGAAAGAUCUAAUGUUUUGCCACUGAGGUGGCGAUUUUGAUGUUUAAAGUAAGAAAUUUAAAAGGCGUCGUAAUUGAAAAACUGUCUAUGACCAAGCUAUUUUGUUCGAAUUUAUAUUUCAUUCAGAGGGUGUGAAAUAGGAAUUCACCCCCCCCCCCACAAAAAACCGAAAAGUUUUCAUAUAAAAAAUGGAAAAAAAAGAAAAUGUAGAACAAAUUUUAAUUCACCACCUCCCCCCUCCAAAUGGUUGACUAAUAUGGAAAUUUGUAUAUUAACUAGUGGACUGCUGUAUUUGCCUUUUUGAAAUUUACAGGCCUGUCACAGAAUUCCAUUCCGAUCGAAAGUGGAAUUAUUUCCGUAUUUUGCUUCUUCAGAAAAAGUUAAACGAAAAUUUCUUUCGGAAUGAAACCACUUUCAGUUUUCAAAGUGGAAUUGAUAUUUCUUUAUAAUUAUUGGUUUUUCUAAAUUUUUUAAUCAAUUUCUAUACCAAACGCUUCCCUUUUGUUUUAAUAUAAAAAACGCUUUCAAAUUCAAAUCAGAAAUAUAGAAUUAUUAAAUAUUUUUGGAAUUAAUAAAUUACCUAAAUCGAAAUCGAUCGGAAUAAAAACUACGGCAUUGAAACCAUUCCGAACAAAAUGUGUGACAGGCCUGUUAGUUGUCUAUUAGUUGGAGCGCCUUUUAUUGUUAUAAGUAGCGCUGUAAAUCACCAUCAAAACAUCAUUCUGAUGCAACCAGUUCACAAAGAUUUUCUGAAUGCAAGGCACAUAUUUAUGAGGUCAAAAGUAUGAAUGUCAUUUGUUCUCAUGAGAGCGAUUUACGUUUUAGGUUUAUAUAAUGCUCACAUUUUGUGGCCCAUAUAAUUGACAAAUGGAUUCGUUUUAAAAACGUAAACAUUACACAUAUUCGGUUUACAGAACACGGGGGAACAUUGUAAUCAUUUAUCAAUAUGUCUGAAAUUAUGUUCAGGAAUAUCAAAAACAAGAUUAUCGGGGUUGUCAUAGAAUCCAAUCAUGGUCGGAAUCGGUUUUGAAAACGACAAAAAAGAUACAUUUGUCUUGUUAUCCCACGAUAGAAACACCAGCAGCAUCUAAGCAACCUCCCACAGAUAUAAACCGUGAUGAAAUUUGUUUUAAUUAUUCAGUCGUUUUUUAAUUGGUUGAACAAUUUGUAUUCUCAUGUACGUUUAAACCCGAUACCCAUAAUAAUUCCAUUGCAAUUCAAAGUAUAGUUUUUAUUGAUGUUGUAACAGUUCCACUAGUCGGAAAUGUUCGGAAUUUCAAUGACAUUAGUUUUUGAUAUUUCCACGUUGAAAGACUAUUUUUGGACGAUAUUUAAAGGACUUGACGUCAGUGAAAAAAAAUAUUUUUUUCAUAAAUUCUUUCUUAUUUCAAUAGUUAAAUCCCUUUGAUUUCAACCAAUCUGCUAACAGGGGGCUAAUUCUCGCAUUCAUAUAUAAAAGAAUUUCGAAUUCUUAGCUUACGAGUAAAAACUUGCUCGCUAUUUAUUUGAUAUCGAAUCAAAGGAAAACAUUAAAAAGCUAGGUCUUUGACAGGAGAGUUUCCGCUCUAUGUAUAUUUUCUCUAUUGGUUUUUGAAAUUCGCUCGUUUUUGAAAUUACCUAUUUGAAGGGAAUCACAAUGGACCUCAAGGUCUCCGAGUGGAAGUGCACACCCCUUCCGAACCUAACUUUGAAAUCACUCAAUUUACAGAACAUAUGAGCAUUUACAUAGAAAGUUCCACCAUGUCCGGAAAUAAAAAUAUUAAUAAACAAAUUAUUUUUUCUAGCAUUAUAUUAUAAAAAUGUAGACAUCAUUGAACUGAAAAGUGAAAAUAUAUUUUUUCUUACUCUUCGCCACAUUUAUUGUUAACAUAUUUAUAUCAUGAUUGCAUUUUCAUCUUAUAAAAUCUUUCUAUCAACAACAAAUUAUUACAAACAAAUGUAGAGGCCGAACAUAACUCUAUUAGAGGUAAAUUUUUCAUAUGAUUUAAUUAAUUCUAUAAAUAUGAAAUUCUUAAAAGAAAUCAAUUCAAUACAUUUGAAGUACAAAUGAAUUAAGCCUAAGAAUUGAUGACUUCAUUAACGGAAUGGUUAAGAGAAAAAUUUAUUUUGCUUUCUAAAAUUAAAUUCUUUCGAACCUUUGGUAAUUGUGCCUAUAAAAUAAUAUAAUAAAUACAAAGAUUUUUGUAGUUCAAGAAGUUUUAAAUUGAAUUUACUUGACUAAUCGAAUUUACAAACAUGAAGUAAAAAUAUGUCGCGUGAUAAAUCCUUAGUCACAUGUCGCGUGACAAAUCAUAUAAAUCCUACUAAAUAAAACCCGUGCAAACAUUUCAACAACUUCUCAAUUGAUAUUUACAUUAUUAUUACAUUUUAAUAUAAAAUAAAAUUCUUUAAUAAAUUUAUGUUUCUAUUCGCCGAUUUUUGCGAGAUCUAUUUUAUUUGUCUCAUUCGUGAUAACAUGUUUAUAAUAUAUUGGAAACAAUUAAUCGACAAAACCUAUAUUUUGCAUAUUUCGAAAAAUGUUAAUAAGAGAAAGAAAUUGUUUAGAUUUUUUUAUUUGUUUCAAUUCAAAGGCUUACGAAUGUCGCGUUCGGGACCGUGGCAAUGCCCAUUUGCGAAAACUUCAUGAUCUUAAUUUGAAAGAUUUAAGUCCAACAUUGAGCAUAUUUACAUUUGGUAUUAAUCGCAGCAAUUUUAUUUCCAUUUUCUUUUAAAAUUGCUUCGAAACUCUUUUCACGUUUACAACUUUUUACGCCUUGCCACUUUAAUAAUAAUUUUAGACAACUAACAACAAUUCAAAAGCAAAACAUGAAGAAUAAGGUUGGUGGAAUAAUUAAUAAAAUUCUACGUAAUAAAAGACCCUGGUGAUAAAUUUUUAUUAAUUUUUUGUUAUUAAAUGUUUAUUCUUCGGUUACCUUUUAAUUUGAACAACUACAAGGAUAUUUUGAAAGUAAACAUGUUCGAACAUUUUCAUUUUCUAAACCAAUUGCAGAGGCAACAACACUUUGUGGAGUACUUUCUGGGUCGAUUAUGGAUGGCAACCAAACUUCAGUUGCGUUGUCCGAGGGCAACCACAAAUUGCCAGUUGCCAUCUGUAGUACCAUUGAGGCAACUGACAAUGCAACUUUAGUUCAAGUGCCAUCCAUAAAGAUUUUUCUACUGCAAUGUCUUAGAACAAAAUAAAAGUUGGACUUAUACAAACUUUAAAAUUAUUGCAUUAUUUUUAUUAGCUCAAUGCUGCUGAGCACUAAAAUAAUGCAAGAUUAAUUACGAAUCAAUUUUUCGUAACGAUAUACUUCCAAUUAACAUUUUUUUGCAUGAAAACUGUCAGAUAAUAACCAGAUAUUAAGAAAAUGGGGAAAAGUCUUUAAUAUUUUUAAAAAUUAAAAAAUCUGUUGAUUUCCUUUGGCUUUUUUUCAAUGCUGCUGAAAAAUACAAAACCUUUGGUAUCACACAAAAUAUGUAAAAACAAAAUUUAAAGUUAUUAGAAAAAAACAUUUGCUAAUCUUUAGAAAAUAAAUAAGAAUUUUUAACAAAUUGUUUUCAAAAAGGCUGCUGUGAAACAAUUCAAAACAGUUUGUUAAGGAAUCUUAUGUUCACCUUAAAAUAACUAUUAAAUAUUAAGUAUAAAAUUAAAACAAAACUUUAUAAAGCGCUUAUAAAAUUAGAAAAUAUAAAAAAAAAUAUUCUCUAAAAAAAAACCAAUAAAACAGAAAAAUAAAACUCUGCAUGCUUAUUAAUAAAUUAUUCUAUAAAUAUCAAAACUUUAAUUUUAAAUAUAAAAACAAAUCCAUAAAACAUUUCUUUUAAAAAAAGCACAAAAAUAAAAAAAUAAAUAUAUUUUCUUAAACAAAAAGGAAACAUAAAAAAUAAUUUUGUAAAUAAAUAUUUGAUUAAAAACAUUUAAAUUUAACAAUUGGACAAUUAACCAAGUAAGUGGCUAAUUUUAUUUUGUUACAUUACAAAUUAACUAAAAAUAUGAAAAUUAAUUAUAUGUAAUUUGAUUUUCUUUUUUUACAAAACACAUACAUCUCUGCUACCCGAAACCAACAACAAAAAAUUAUAGAAUUUAUCUUUAUAAAACUCAAAAAAUAAAAAAAAAACAACCACCACAAAAUAAAUAGUAAUUCAUAAUAAAUUUAAACAUAAAACCUGUUGCUUCAUUAUUAUAAAACAAACAAAAAAAAAAUAAUUCAUAACAUUUAUACAUAAAAUUAUAAAAACAAUUAUUUUUUAAUCUUUCAGCAAAUUAAUAAAAAUAAAUAAACAAACAAUACAUGCUCUGUUACCAACCAUAAUUAUACAAAACAUUAACAAAAUAUAAAUAAAAUAAAAAUUAUAAACAUUUUUUGAAAAAAUAAAAAAAAAAUAACAGAACUCUCCAUUUAAAUAAAUAAAAAUAAAACAAAUUAAGUAUGAACAUUUAUUACAUCAUUAUUUUUUUUAAUAAUUACUAUUUAAGUAUAAGUAUGAUUUAAUUAUUAAAACAAACAACAACAACUAUUACUACAACAAAUGAUAUUGAAUUAUAUAUACAACAACAAAACAAAAUAAAAAAAAAUGUAUAAAAAAAAA